AUGUACCGCCCAUCAACCGCUUGGGCCUUGGCUAUACUCACCUUUGUGACUGGCACCUUAUCCGAAGAUGCGUCGGCUAACUACACAGAACAGCUCUUGAGCUCCGGCACCGUUAAACUUGGAGCUUGGCAGGAUGCUUAUGAUAAGGCAUCAGCACUUGUAUCCACACUGACGACCGAAGAGAAGAUCUCCAUCGUUGCUGGUGGUGAUGGCGGCAACUGGACGGCACUGCACAAUCUCGACUCCGCUACCAACCCUCUCACCUACUUCUACGUUACGACGUGGCCCGCCGGUUUGGCGAUGGCUAUGACCUGGGACACAGUAGCCGCGGAGGGCCAGGGACAUGGCGUUGGUCAGGAGUUCAAGGGAAAGGGUAUCAACAUGGCAUAUGGGCCUACACUGGAGCCUCUUGGUCGCUCAGCGUGGGGCAGUCGUUCUGGCGAGACAUAUGGCGUGGACAGCUAUCAAGCUGGAAUUAUGGCUGGCGCAGUCGUAAAGGGAAUGUCAUCCGCUGGUGUAACGGCCAGUGCCAAGCACUUCAUUCUCAACGAGCAAGAGACCAAUCGCAUGAGCACCGGCUCUGGAGGUGGCAUGGGAGGAGGUGGAUCUCCUCCCGGUGGAUCGACCAACUCGACUUUGACGGCGCGCCAGGCGUCAACGACAAACACUACGACAAACGGCACGACCUCCUCCGAUGACUCUGGUUCUUACACCGUUACUAUCGGCGACAAGGCUUUCCAUGAAACCUACCUGUGGCCGUUUUACGACACUGUCUACAACGGCAUGGGCGGUGCCAUGUGUGCCAUGAACAAGGUUAACGGAACAUACUCAUGUGAGAGCCAAGACCUCCUCGCCAAAUACCUCAAGGUCGAGCUCGGGUUUCCUGGCAUUGUGUCUGCCGAUGUUAGCGCGCAAAAGACUGGCAUCAACGCCGCAAACGCAGGCAUGGAUCUGGCCUCGAGCAGUUACUGGUCAAAUGAAACGCUGGGCGUGGGCCUCACCAACGGCAGCUUCACCUCUGAUAGACUCGACGACAUGGUUAUUCGUAACAUGAUGGGCUACUUCCACCUGGGUCAGGAUAACGAGUACCCCAGCCUGGCUGGCGCAACGGACCGCAUUGACAACCGCGGCAACCAUAGCGCUAUGGCAAGGCAAUAUGCUGCUGAGUCCAUCGCCUUAGUCAAGAACAUCAAAGGUGCGCUCCCACUGGUCAACAAGACGAGCAUCAGCAUCUUCGGUUUCCAUGCUGGCCCCCGUUACGUGGGUGCGAACACUGCUCUUGGCGUCUACGACGGUGAGCCUUCGACCAUGCAAGGUCACAUGGCUGUAGUCGGAGGGUCUGCCAUGGGUUCGCUGGCAUAUCUGUCUACGCCGCUUCAGCUCUUCAACGAGCGUGCCGCCAAGGAUGGCUUCAUGCUUAGAUGGUGGCUCAACGAUACCUCCGAGACGUCUUUCAGCGGCAUGCAAGGAUCCGGUACCGAGCUCACCGAGUCCACCACCGGUGUGGCCGAGGACUCGGAUGCCUGUGUUGUCUUCCUCAAUGCCUGGGGCGGCGAGGGCGCCGACCGCACGGAGUUGACCAAUGCUGACCAGGACACGCUUGUGAACACCGUCGCCGAUGUCUGUAACAACACCAUUGUGGUGAUCAACACUGUUGGUCCCCGCUUGGUCGACGCUUGGGUUGAGCACGAGAAUGUCACUGGCGUGCUGUACGCUGGUGCGCUGGGCCAAGAGUCUGGAAACGCGAUUGACGACGUUCUCUUCGGAGUUGUCAACCCUUCUGGUAGACUCGUUCACACCAUUGCCAAAAAUGAGAGCGAUUACAACCCGGACACGAUGAUUAGUGAGACGGAGCUGAACCUAGAUUAUUCGGAUGGCAACUACAUCGACUACAAAUACUUUGACCGGUAUAACAUCACGCCUCGGUACGAGUACGGAUACGGCUUGUCUUACACCACCUUCGACUACUCUUCUGAGGUCAAGACUGAAACCUCCCCUAAGCUUACCAGCGGUUACGCAACGGGGGACAAGGCAGUCGGUGGCCGCGAGGAUCUCUGGGACAUUGUGGCAACUGCCUCUACCACCAUCACGAAUACCGGUUCUCUACAAGGCGCCGAGGUAGCCCAGAUGUACAUCUCCUUCCCCGAAGCAGCUGGAGAGCCAGUCAGGCAAUUGCGUGGGUUCCAGAAGGUCGUGAUUCGUUCUAGAGAGAAGGCUGAGGUGGCUUUCUCGCUGAGGCGGAGGGAUCUGAGUGUCUGGGACGUUGCUGCACAGGAGUGGAAGGUUGAAAGCGGAGAGUACACGCUUUACGUUGGCUCUAGCAGCAGAAACUUCAAGGCUCAGACUAUCUUGAGAGUUGACUAG